AUGCCGCUACUCAUGGCGUUCGUCGACACGCGCAUCUACAAGAAGACGGCCGUCUCGCCUUUCUACUGGCUGGUGCCCGGCCUGGUGCUGAAGAACAUGGUGCUGCAGGGUUUUCCCAGCCACGAAUGUCUGCGUCCCGACAUCGCCGACUCCUUCGACUUCAUGGUGGAUCAGCUGUCGCAGCUCAGCCAGGCUGAGCUGGCGUCGCGGCUGACCCUGAGCAGCGCCGGCUGCCGGGUGCAGGCCGAGCGUCUGCGCCACCUGCCCGUCACCCUGCUGCAGGCGCUCGACGCCACGGCGCUGACGGAGCAGGCACGCGCCGAGGCGGAGCAGUGCUACCCGCACGCGCGCUUGGCGCACCUCAAGACAGGCGGCAACUUCCCUUCCUGACCCGGCCGGACGAGACCGGCGUGUUCAUACAAGUGCACAUGCGACCGCUGCUGGGCCCGGGCCCGACGCGGGAGCAGCAGGAGGAGAUGGCGGAGGACGGCCGCCAGCCGACGUGACCUCUUCCCUCUCCCUCUGGCCAAGCCG